AUGGACCCCCUCCAAUGUGCAUCUCCCCCUUCCCAGGCUGCCAACCCGUACUGGCAGAGCCGGGGCAGUGUGAUUUCGGGGGGCCGGUUCCGGUGCCCCUCGUGCCUGUCCCUGGAGUGCCAACGGCUGCCAUGCUCAGUGCCGCACUGGUUUAAAUUGGGAUUUACUGGUCUUGAGGCUUACAGAGGCCCAGACGUCGGGGCCUCCCAGAGGAGCAACAGGCCACUGAAGAAAGGGGAGCACCCCAUGUGCAAGGAGCACGAGGACGAGCGCAUCAACAUCUACUGCGUCACCUGCGAGGUCCCCACUUGCUCCAUGUGCAAAGUCUUCGGUGCCCAUAAGGACUGUGAGGUGGCCCCUCUGCAAACCGUCUUCCAGGGCCAGAAGACCGAGCUGAACAACUGCAUCUCCAUGCUGGUGGCGGGCAACGACCGCAUCCAGACCAUCAUCUCCCAGCUGGAGGACUCAUGCCGGAGCACCGAGGAGAACAGCGAAGCGGCCAAGCGGGAGCUGUGCGCUCGCUUUGACGCGGUAACGGCGCUGCUGGAGGAGAAGAAGGGGGAGCUGCUGGAGCGCAUCACCCGCGAGCAGGGCGACAAGACCGGCUUUGUCCAGGGCCUCAUCCGCCAGUACCGGGAGCAGUUGGAGAAGUCGAGCCGGCUGGUGGAGACAGCCAUCCAGGCCAUGGAGGAGACCAGGGGAGCCUCCUUCCUCAUGAACGCCAAGCAGCUCAUUAACACGAUCGUGGAGGCCUCCAAGGGUGGGAGGCUGGAGAAGAUCGAGCAGGGCUACGAGAGCAUGGACGCCUUCUCGGUGAGCCUGGACCACCUCGCCGAGGCCAUCCGCGUCCUGGACUUCGACGCCGCCGAGGAAGAUGAGGAGUACUUUGAUGGGGAGGAAGAAGAGGUGGAGGAGGAUGCAGCGCCCGAGAGGGCAGUGAUGG